AUGGCAGCAGAUCCAGGAAUAGUUCUGAUUUUUCUAUCGAUAGCUUUGGGAAUUGCUAACAUUUUCCAUUUCAAUAUUGUCAUUGUGUUUGCCAUCUUGGCCAUUGUGCAAGGUAUCGUUUUGGCAUUUGUGGAGGUGCCAUUUUUACUGAAAAUAUUCCGGGUUCCAGAUUGGUUUAUCAGAGGAGUUCAAACUCUGGACCAGAACCUUUACAGAGUGAUAUUCUACGUGGUGAUGGCGGUGAUCCAGUGGCUGAGUAUCACGUGCAUGGCCACGUCGCUGAUUGCGCUGGCUGUGUUGUUGACGAUUGCCGCGAUCUGUUAUGGCGUGGCAGGCUUGAUGAAACAGGAGUUCCAUAAAUCCAACGUGGUGGCCAGUGUGGACGUGAGCGAGAUGCCCAUCGACGCCCAGAUCAGACAGGCUCUUUGA